AUGGCCAAAGGUGGGAAGCUAACAAAGCUCAAGUCAGUCCUCAAGAAGUGGAACUCAUUCAGCAAGCAGAACAGCCGCCCAAGCCUCAACUCCGUAGUCUCCCCCGACGAUGACUUCUCCUCGUCCCCCGCCGUUAUCUCAGCCGACCUCCGCCCGGUCUACGUGGGCAAGUCUCGACGACGCUACCUCGUAAACUCCGACGUCGUAGACCACCCGCUUUUCAAGGAGCUGGCGGACAGGUCCGGGGACUCAGACGACCAGACAAUCAAUGUCGCAUGCGAGGUGGUGCUGUUCGAGCACUUGCUUUGGAUGCUCGAGAAUGCCGAUCCUCAGCCCGAGUCAAUGGACGAGUUGGUCGAGUUCUAUGCCUGCUGUUGA